GCGGUAGCAGCGACACUCUUACUGUAUGUUCUCAGGUCCGGGCUCCCAGCGAGCUUCCUAGAGCUGCAGUAGCCCAAGUUUUAAUGCAUCAGUGUCGAACAGGUUAUGGGCGCUAGCGGCAGACUUCAGCUGCAUUCGAUAGAAUUCGGAGUUCGCAAUUCGGCACAGCCGUAGCCGGCCGCUUGAUGGGAGGACCUACCGACUGACCGAAAUUCACUAUUAGCUUCAUCAUGGCCUCCGCACCGACCCUCGAGGUCGUGGGCCUGGGGCAGGUCCCGACGCCGUCGCCCCGAGCAGCGAUGCUGAACCCGGCGUCCAGGCUUGAGAGCAGCGCGUGGCGUGUGCAGCUAUUAGGACAGGCCAACGAUUUCAACCACAGCAGCUUGCCCAGCUCGUCGGCUCAGGCGUCACUCCUCCUGCUGCUCCCGCUGCGGCAGCUGGCGGUCCCCUGCUCGACUGGUCCCACGCCGACAGCCCUAUCGGCGGCUACGCAUCGGGCGCACCCAGCAGUCCCUCGACUCCACCUCACGCCCUCGCCCGGUUCAAAUGCCUCCAGCCCCGCUACGCACAGCAGUGGGCAGGUGGGGAUAAGUAGCCAAGCCGACGGCCCCCUUCCUUCCGGCGGCCCCAUAGCUACAUCCACGUGCGGCGGCUCCGACAGCAGCAGCGCGGACAGCAGCAGCCGUGCCAGCUCAUGGCAACGGCUGGAUGACGCUAUAUUCGUAAGCAGCUCAAGCGCUGUGCAACCGAAACGUCAGUCAGGUACAGGCGACUGGGCAUCGGGCCGCUCAGUCGUGGGGGACGUGACUGGCGCUGGCUCCCUGGUGGCGCCGGAAGCAGUGCCCAACGGCCGUGCCAUGCCAAGGCGCCUCGCACCCUCACAGAACGACGGGGCGCCGCCAGCCCUGCAGCCCCCACCGCAGCUGCUACUGUCGCCACAGCGCCGGCAGCCGCCGCCGCAGCCUGUAGUGGCCAUGGAGGUCCUUGCGGCGGCGGAGCGCCAGGCGGUGGCGGCCUUCCCCGCGCUCAACAUGAACAGCCCGGGGCGGCCACGACGACAGUCAAUAGGGGUGCCGCAACACCAGCCACAGCAGCCGACGCAGCAGCAGGGGGACCGGACGCCGCGCCUCGGGCCCACGCGCUCCCAGCCACAUAUAUCCAUUAUUCCGCGUGAGGCGCCGCCGCUGCUGCAGCUGCUGUGCGUUGGCGGACACCAUGACCAGCCCCAACAACUGCAGGCGCAUCCGCAGCAGCCGCCCGUUAAGAUGCAGCCGCAGCGCAAGGCUGACCCCUGGACCUCCUCGGCAGCCACAGCCACUGCACCUGCCGCUUCUGCAGCUGUUGGCGGGUUCGGCAGUUGCUGCUCCCGGCCCUGCCUGCUGCCCACGGCCAGCAAGGGCCGGCCGCGCGCUGCCUCAUUCGACACGCCUCGGACCAAGGGCGCAGGCUGCAGUGCGGCCAGCUGCUGCGGCGGCAGCAACACCUCUUGCGGGGGCAAUGGCGACACGGCGGUGGCAGCAGCAGGCCUGCCGGCCCUACUGCGCCUGGCGGCAGUGGGCACCAGCUUCAGCUGCAGCGGGGCCGUGUGCGGCGGGGCCGGCGGCAAUGCUAGCGCCAGCAGUGAGGCGCGGCCCGCACAGGUGCUUCAGCAGCUGAAGCUGCCCUCGCUGGGCACCGUGGCGGCGGCCACGGCUGCAGGCGGCGGCGGUGGUAAUGGCGGGGGCGAGAGUAAGGUGGCGGCAGUGGCGACGCCCGGGUGUGAGUGGGCGGCCGCCAUGCCCAGCUGUCGGCCCACAAACGCCGGCGUGGGCCAUGUGGCUGCCAGCAGCAUUGGCGGCGGCGCUCCCGCUCGGGGCUGGACCAGUGCACGGGUGGCGGACCCGGUGAUGGUGGGGCCAGUGGCGGCAGCGCCCAGCGCCCGCAAGUGGGAGGCGCCUGCGGUAGGCGUGCAGUAAUGCUUGGUGUCUUAUGGGUGUUGACUGUGGAGGUUUGGCCUUCCGAUGUGAUUACGGUGAUGUGUCUACAAUGACGACGUACAGUUUGACUAUUGGUGUUAUGACACCAUGGACUCGCAUCUGGAAUGCAAAUGUUGCCCAACGUGCUGCCCUUGUUAUGAUAUUCUAAUUGAGUGGGUCCUUCGUGUUAUGGUGGUUGUGUGUGGGUUGAUGUGUAUGUGCAUGGGUCCUUUGGAGGGCACUAGGACAGCUGUGCGCAAUGACCCAUGAAGCUUGCUUGCCAGCCCGCCGCACGUGUGAUUACCGGGAGAGUGAAGCUGGACCAAGGGGCCAAGAUUUCAGACAGCCAGCUUGCCGUACGGGCGGCCAAGUAUAACAUGACCGCCACCACUGGUCGGGGCUGGAUUGCUGUGUAGCUGCGGCGCCGUCAUGGACCGGUCGUACUGCCGUCUCAACACCGCGGCAGAGGCACUGCGGAUGUAGGGCAAGGACAUGGUCCUCGCCUAGGCAGGGGGGGGGCGGAACACGGCAGGGGCCGGGACGGCAUGGUGCUAGCCGGUUGUACGAGGCGCAGGGCACAAGAAUGGUAUCGCCGCGGUGGCCACCGUGCUUCUGACGUAAGCUGACCAUGACGGAAGACUGAAAGGUUGUGUAGCCCCCGUGAACAUGAUGAUCGUGUAGAGAUCAUUACGACUGCCAGGUUGAAUUGAUGUGCGACAAGCGGGGGAGCCGCCCCGAUAUAUGUAUACCGUAGAUUGCGUGUUUCGAAGAGAACUGCAAAGGACCGGGAAGGCCAAGAGUGGUCGGUGCUGAUGGGGCUGGGAGUUACUCGCGCUCGCGGAAGCCAUGGCGUGGGGUCCGCAUUGCUACAGUGCCCUCCACGUGGUAGGCCAUCCGUGGCUCUCGCCAACGCGGCGCCCCACACGCAAACAGUGUGUUGAGCUUGUGUCUAGCACAUACGACCACUCAGGACGGUGUAAGAGGGCUAGCGAUGAGACAGGAUCAACCUGUCUAGCUCCUCACGUCACGGACCUAGGCCGGACGGCCGGGGAGGACAGGACAAGUGCCUGGGUGGGGUGGGCCUGGGCGCUGCCUGGGUGGGUGGUGUGGGCGGCCCAUGCGCCCAUCGUCAGUCGCGAGUAAACUUACCCGCCCACGCAAUCAAUUUUGUAAAAGUGAAUACCG